AUGGCGGCUGAGGGGCUGAGCAGCGUCGCUCUGAUCGAGAGGGACCAAAAUGGAGACACCCUGUGGGUUUGGUGUUACCCGUUCGUCACAGUGGAGAUGCGGCAACUUCUACUUAGGAAAUGUCGUCUGCAGGAGGAGGAGCGUCCUCUCUACACGUUCCUGUAUGGCCAGCACCGAAGGAUCUGGUUCUACAUCACACCCACCCGGGUAGAUGGUGGCGGCUCUGCACUGGACAAGGUGACACAUUUCUGUGUAGUUCUGACAGCGAAGGACUUUAAUCCAGAGAAAUAUGCAGCGUUUGGGCAGAUCCUCAGCCGAAUCUAUGAGACGCACGGCAGUCCGGUGCCCAUGGUAGAGACUUACAUCUCCGUAUUCACCAAGGGGACCUGUCAGAGCAAAGACAAUGGGACCUUCCUGUGCCGCGACUAUGACCAGCGCAAAGCCUUCAUGUCUGGAUCUGUGAAAGAUGUGGUGUUGCAGUUUGGGAUGGAGUCAGUCAUUCUGUACACGGCUCUGAUGCUGAAGAAGCGUAUUGUUGUCUAUCACCCCAAGGUGGAGGCGUUGUUGGAAUUUAGCAGGUCUCUCCCAGCUCUGGUGUGGCAUCGGCAGGACUGGUCAAUUCUUCAGCCAUACGUCCACCUGAUUCCGGAUGAGAUUGACGCUCUGAAAUCUAUCUCAGGUUAUAUUGCGGGAUUUCAGGAGGCUGAUGUCAUUAACCGCUCAGAUCUGUAUGACAUCUUUGUGAAUCUGGCAGAGAACACCAUCUCCAUCUCUCACAGUGCCAAAGAGGCGCUGACAUUGGGCAAAUUGCACAAGGAGAUUGGGCAGUUAAUGGUGCAGUCUGCAGAGGAUUCAGAUAAAACGGAGAGCCAGGUGAUUAAGAGGAUUUGUGUGAAGACCAGAGAGAUUCUGUCUAUUCUGUCCUCGCUCAGCCAGGAGACAGCAGACCGUGACAGGCCAACGUUAAACCUGGAGCAGCUCCAGCAAAAGAAAUUCCCUCCAGCUACAGAAAAUUUUUUGAUGCACCUGGCAGCGGCUGAGCAGAUGUUACUGACGUGA